AGACUCUCGUUAAUCCAGCCACCCUUGGGACCAUGCAGCUUGGCCGGAAUAGCGAGGUGGCCGUACUUCAGAUAAUUAGCCGCGGCUUAAAAACGACCUUACCUCGAAUCUAAUCACUGAUUUUGCAGUUCUUGUCUCGAGGAUAAUGAAAGAUAAUGAAUCAUUCUGCUCUCUAUUUAAGUGUAAUCCAAUUUUAUUUACUAAACCACACCCAAAACAUCAUAUCUGGCCCUAAUACAAGUAUAAAAUUACGUUAUUUGGGACAGCAGCACUGGCCGGUAAACGGAAUAGCGAGUGGCCGUACUUCAGGUUUGCCAGCCGUCUACCACGGCCCCGAGGGACUCAGGGAGAUAGCCACUAGAGUGCAUCGGAGUACCCUAGUGCUGGCUGAAAGUGAGAGUUACUACUACUGUGGAUAUGGUGACAUUUAACUUUGACGUGGUAGACAGACUCAAAGUUCUCAGGAGAGGUAUAGGCGAAAAAAAAUCAACCUGAGAAUCUACGAGGAUGAGUCAUUGGGUGCAGCUCUAGAUGAGACAGUUACGCCUACUGACAUGGCUGACCAAAUGUGGAUGUUUGGUACCUCGCAAGGGGUCUAGGACUCCAUCAUCAACAGCCUCCCAGCAGAGGACACAGAGGGGGUCAUUCCGGGAACAACCCUUUGAGAGAACAUGCACAAUUCCUUCAACUUGCGUGUUUUUGUACCUGGUGAUUGUGAUAGGGUUGACCCCUCCCUACUCCAGUCUGGACCUCCCGUACAUCCGCACGAGAAACUGGAUCACACAGUAUACACACCCUACCAGCCCAAGAUGUCCCAGGGUCGACUGGAGAGUCUAAUGAACUAUCAGACACUGAUCAGUGACCUCACAGGACUGUACAUUGCGAAUGCCUCACUCUUGGAUGAAGCCUCAGCCGCGGCUCUCUGUCACAGACAGUGCAAAUGGACAGAGACUCCGCUGUUCCUGGUGGAUAGUCGCUGUCACCCUCAGUCCAUCGCCGUAGUGAGAACCAGAGCAUCUCAUCUUGGAGUGGAGGUGGUGGAGUCUGACUUCAGGGACUUUGACUUCUCAUCUGGACAGGUUUGUGUGAUAGUGCGUAUACACUGAACCUGUGAGAUUUGUGUUUGUAUAAAGAUUAAAGUUGAGCCCAUGCUCUCACUUGAAUGCCUAAACAAUUCAGCCAUCGAGCUAUUACACCAAUUCCCGUCACUGGUUGGUCACUAAUGCAUUGUAUCAGAUCUAGUAUGAGUUGGAUACAAUUUACAUAAUUAUGGCAUCAACCGGUUGGGACAGUGUACAUUGUAUAUGUCCACAUUGUAAUGAAAGCACCGCUGGUGCUAAUGCCUCGGUGGAGGAGCCAAAGCUUUAUGGUUACUUUUACUCACUGCAGAAUAGAAGUCCUUGAACACUAGUUUUGUCAGUUUUUUUCCUCUUUGCAGGUCCCAAAAGAGUCUGCAGUAUAAUUAUGUUUGUAUGAAUAUCAAUGCUAGUGCUAUUGUAAUGUGUAAGAAUUUCAUGACUAUGAAGAUGCAUGCAUGAGAAAAGAAGACAUCAAAACUACAAGUACAUGAAGUAUAAAGAUUAUUUUUGACACUAAUUUAUGUGAUCAUGAGCAGCAAGUACUUGAAGCAAAAUCUCUUGGUUUAUAGAUGUAGAUAUAUACCUUCCAGAGGGAGACUCGAAGAGAUAUAUGAGCUGUAACACUACAUACAGAAGAGCUAUAGCCCGGUAAGUAUCCAAAAAGACGCACAAUUUCUCCUCGCAAUUUCU